AUGAAAGCCCUGAGCUACAUUCGAAAGCGCAUUGGGCAUCAUCACGAUCUAUUCGAUGGACCUGGCGAGCCUUUGCCAAAAGGAAAGCAAACAGAACCGAAGAUAAAAUGGCGCCACUCAAGGGCCAGAGUUCUCUUGUAUGAUGACAUUGAGAGGGGUGUUCUACAAUUUGACGACGAGGACCAGCCGAUGAUAUCUCUCAAAGAUAUCUACGCGAUGCAUCCAGAAUACGCCGAUUAUUUGUUCGUAAACUUUGAACGAAGAUUGAUAGCACUGAAAGAUCUUUUCGACGAACUGAUCCGCCGCGCAGAUGACGACAUCGCUGCGCUAGAAAACUACAUGGCAAAUCAUGAGAUCUCAGAGGUGAACUGGCUCGGAAUGAUACAGUGGCAAGGGUCAGAGGCUCAAGAGUAUGUCAUUGAAGAUAUCGACGAAGACGCGCACCUGGAGAGUUUACAGAGCCAUGCAUGA